AUGAACGACACGAUGGACGGGCUCGAUGAGAAACAAAACGGUGCUCCUCCCAUGGAAAUUGACGAGGUAGUCUCCGUCCGAGAUCAUGAAGCCUUCGCCUCCAAACAUAUGCCAGACCUGGGACACGAUGUGAAAGACUUCACCGUCUACACAUGGCCUUUGACCAACUGGAAGAAGCUUGACAAGAAGCUGACAAGUCCCGAGUUCGAGUGUGGUGGCCACAAAUGGCGUAUCCUAUUAUUCCCCUUCGGAAAUUCAAAUGCACCGCCCAACGAUACUGUGUCGGUCUAUCUUGAUUAUGCAGAGCCCAAGAAAUCUCCCGAAGGAUGGCAUGCUUGUGCCCAAUUUGCCCUGGUCAUCUCGAAUCCCAAUGACCCAACUAUCUUUACUGUUAGCCACGCUAACCACCGUUUCAUCGCUGAGGAAUGUGAUUGGGGCUUCACACGCUUCAGUGAGCUGCGAAAGCUUUUUAGUGUGCAAGAAGGGCACCUGCGUCCGACGAUUGAAGACGAAGCCGCGGAAAUAACUGUAUAUGUUCGAGUUCUGGAGGAUCCUACCGGUGUGCUGUGGCACAAUUUUGUGAAUUAUGACUCCAAGAAGGAGACUGGUUUCGUUGGCUUGAAGAAUCAGGGAGCUACCUGCUACAUGAAUUCUCUUCUCCAGUCUCUUUACUGUACUCGCUACUUCCGCAAGGCCGUGUAUCAAAUCCCGACAGAAGAUGACACUCCGACAGAAAGUGUGGCUCUGGCGCUGCAAAGGGUUUUCUAUCAUCUGCAAACAUCUGAUCAGCCCGUCGGUACGACGGAGUUGACUAAGUCGUUCGGUUGGAAAUCCCUGGACUCUUUCCUUCAACAUGAUGUACAGGAGUUCAAUCGUGUCCUCCAAGACAAACUGGAGUCUAAGAUGAAGGGAACCAAAGCAGAAGGCGCCAUCACGAAACUUUUUGUCGGUAAAAUGAAAAGCUAUAUCAAGUGCGUCAACGUCGACUACGAGUCCUCUCGCAUAGAAGAAUUCAAUGACAUCCAACUCAAUGUCAAGGGGAUGAAGAACCUCUACGAAUCAUUCAGAGAUUACGUCGCCGUUGAAAUGCUGGAUGGAGAGAACAAGUAUCAGGCGGAGGGAUACGGUCUGCAGGAUGCCAAGAAGGGUAUCAUUUUCGAAUCAUUCCCACCAGUGCUUCAUUUACAACUCAAGCGUUUCGAGUAUGACAUCCAGCGAGACGCAAUGGUCAAGAUCAACGAUCGGCACGAGUUUCCGUUCGAGAUAAACCUCGAUGAAUUCCUUUCUCCCAGUGCAGAUCGCUCCCAACCUUGGGUCUAUAAACUUCACGGCGUUCUUGUGCACUCCGGCGACCUGCACGGAGGACAUUAUUUUGCCCUCAUCAAACCUGAUCGCGAAACACGGUGGCUGAAGUUCGAUGACGACAGGGUCACCCCUGUAACGGACAAGGAAGUCCUGGAGGAGAAUUUCGGGGGAGAAGUCCUCAACGGAGUGCCCCCAACGUUGCAACGGAACCAAGUUCGCGCUAUGAAGCGGUUCACUAAUGCAUACAUGUUGGUGUAUAUCCGCGAGUCGGCUAUGGAUGAAGUACUGGCGCCAUUCGCCUAUGAAGACACCCCUCCGCAUUUGAAACGACGUCUUGACGAGGAACGCCUACAACUCGAGGCCAAGAAGCGGGAACGUGAAGAACAGCAUCUCUUCUUGACAGCGAAAGUCAUAACAGAUGAGACCUUUGCUCGGCACGAGGGCUUUGACCUUGCCACUUUCGACGAGAAGAACUGGCCUCCAUCUGAGUUGCCUAGUUUCCGCGUAUUGAAGCAAGAGAAUUACAGCACGUUCAAGAGUCGUAUCGCCCACCAUUUCAAUUACCCUGAAAACCAAAUUCGUCUAUGGGUGCUUGUCAAUCGCCAGAACAAGACUGUCAGACCGGAUACCCACAUCCCUGAGAACGAACCAUCACUGACUGUCGAGGUCAUUCGGAACAAUAUGGCUGCCAGACAAAACGACCUCAGACUUUAUCUUGAUAUAAUCACUGAUCCUUCCAAGCCGGACCCUCCUCCUCAAUCAAUCAUGAUAUUCCUCAAGCAUUUCGACACGUCGAAGCAAACACUUUAUGGAGUUGGUAAAGUUUAUGUGUCACGGACGAGCAAAGUUGGCGAUCUCAUUCCUAUCAUUAAUGAACGUCUGCGCUGGACGCCGGGCACUCCUCUCAAACUUUACGAGGAAAUCAAACCAGGAAUGAUCGAGCUCAUGAAACCGAAAUUGUCGUUCGGCCAGAGCGAAAUCCAAGAUGGCGAUGUCAUUUGCUUCCAGGUUGAUCUCCCAGAUAAAGAGAUCCAUGAUCUGGAGACCCAGGGCCUCUAUUCCAAUCCUGUUCAAUUUUACGACUUCCUCCAGAAUCGCGUUAUGAUUAUCUUCAAGCCCAAAUUUGAGGAGGCUGAUAGUGAAAAUGAAUUUAGCCUUGUUCUCAGCAAGAAACAAAAUUAUGACAUCAUGUCUGUUAAGGCAGGAGAAUAUCUGCGACACGAUCCUAUCAAAUUACGCUUCACUACUACUAACCCAACAACUGGUCAACCUAAAGCUAUCCUCAAGAGAUCUCUUAAUCAAAGUAUAGCAGAAAUUAUGGCCCCCAACUAUGCAAACCCAACGACCACCAUCAUCCUGUAUGAGAAGCUGGACGUCAGCAUCGUCGAACUCGAGACGAAGCGGAGUUUGAAGGUUACUUGGACCGGUAUUCACAACAGGGAAGAGGGCACACAUCCGUUCCUCUUGCCAAAGACGAGCAUGGUGCACGACUUGGCUGACCAUCUAGCCAAACUUGUCACUCUGUCACCUGGGGGAACAGGAAAGAUCCGCAUCUUUGAGAUAUCGAAGGAUGGCAAGACUCAGAAAGAGUUUACGGGUUCGGAAAUGAUCGGAAACAUUCCUGAACCAGUGGAACUGUAUGCCGAGGAAAUCCCGAGGGAGGAGCUAGAGGCGGACGAUUCCGACAAGGUCAUUGGUGUCUUCCACUUCUCGAAAGAUUUGUCACGAACACACGGCGUGCCUUUCAAAUUUGUGGUGAAACGUGGAGAAAAGUUCGCGGACACCAAGAAGCGGCUGCAAGCCCGAAUAGGGGUGUCAGACAAAGACCUUGCCAAAUAUCGCUUUGCCCUCAUCCAAAUGUCGACAUUCAAGCAACCUUCCUACAUUGAAGAUGAGGAUACGAUCUACGAACACCAAUUUGCGCCAGAGGACGUCCUUGGCUUAGACCAUGUCGACAAAUCCGGGAAGACGCGAUCAGGGGCAGGGGAGAAAGCAAUCGUUAUCCGAGGAUAA